AUGCGAUUCGCGGCGCCACCGCCGCGUUCCCGCGAUAUCUCACCGGUUCCUUCACCAUCUCUUUCACCGUUACUUUCACCGUCACUUUCACCGUCUUUUUCACCGUAUUCCGGUGUAUCUGAGGAGAUUCUUUCCCGUUCUUCGGAUCCUCCUCUCGAGUUUAGUCCUCCUUUGAUCGCCAUGGUGGUGAUUUUAGCCGCCGCUUUUCUUUUCGUUACCUACUCACGCCUCAUCUCCCGCCGUUUUCUUUCACCUCUUUUCCGUCGUUUUCGGCGGUGGCGAUGCCGUCGGCGCCGUCUUCUUCACCUAUCGUCGGCUUCCUCUGCUUCAACGUCAUCCUCCGAUCUUCGAUCGUUUUCCCCUUUCCCUUUCGACUCUUUUCACUACUCCUCGUACUCGCCUUACGGAUUAGAUGACUCGGUUAUCAAAACGCUGCCGCUUUUUCUGUACUCCGCCGCUGCUUGCACCGGGAAAAGCGUUUCUUCUCCUGCGGUUGGAAAAACUUCCGCCGUCGUCGGAGAUUGCCGAGAUUGCGCUGUUUGUUUGUUGGAAUUCGAGGAAGGGGAUUACGUACGAACGCUUCCGUUAUGCUUUCACGCUUUUCACCUUGAGUGCAUCGAUGAGUGGCUGCGAUCUCAUCCUAACUGUCCGCUCUGCCGUACGGCGAUUCUCGGAUCCGCGGCGGCCGGUGUUUUGGCGCCUAGGUCUCCGUUCGUCCCCUUAAUGGCUCCUCGAAUUCGGCCAAGCUUCGAUGACGAGACUAACGCGAUCAUCAUCCGCAGCGAAAUCCCGCGGCGGAGUAACUCCACCACAAUCGCUGCUGCUGCGGCAGCGACGAUCGAUCAAGAGAUCACGGUGUCAGUGGAAGAGCAAUCACCGGCCAUUUCUCGGUUCAGGGAGCUGAAGAGGUCCUACUCAUUCGAAUUCGAGAGGGAAGGAUCGGCAUCAGAGAGAGUGACGAUGGAAACAGCGACGGCAUCUUCUCCAUGGAGAUACCGGAGAUCUACGUGGAACAAGCAGCGGCAGUCUCCCUUCGGAAACCUAAUAUCGAAAUCUCGAGUGUUCUCUUCCCGGUACUACAGAGGCGCGAAAUCACCCUUCUUCCGGCGGCGAUCGGGAGUGUUCUUCCCGAUAUCGGAGCGGAUUCCAGCUACAGGAAGCUCAUCGCGGCGGACGAAAUCAAUGACGAGCCCGAUGUUCUUCCGUACGGCACCGCACGCAUCGAGCCGGCUAAGAUGCGGAGAUCCAGAGGCAUUGUUAUCGCCGGAGAGAUGGAGGAGAAGGGACACGUGUAGGGUAGAUAUGUAG